UAUCACAUGAGUGUCAACUAGGCUCCUCAGGGGUGAUUCUAAAAUCACAGAUUUGUUGGGAUUCUCUCUUUAAUUCUGAGAAAACGAUUUCCAAAUUAUAUUUUUUCAUUUCACUCUAUGAUGGCUUCUCCUCAGUCCGUAAAUACCCAUAGCUGUUUCUAGCAGCAUUUUUGGUUUGCUGAUCAUGCUUUAUGAGGCAAAACAUAGCAACACAAACAUUUAAAUUACCCCCAUGUUUUACGACCUCAACUGCUGUAUUUUAUAUAAAGGCCACAAAAUGAAUAUGGUUAUCGAUGAAAAUCGGAUAUACCCCAAGGACUCUGCACGCUGAACUUGAGAAUGGAGCAGACUGAGAAACCAAAAGCAUCUGCUGAGAAAGGACUCUUGGAAAAGAUAAAGCUAUGCCUUUUAAAGAAGCCGCUGCCAUCUCCCACUGAACGGAAGAAGUUUGACCAUGACUUUGCCAUCUCUACUUCCUUUCAUGGGGUCCACAAUAUUGUUCACAACCAGAGCAAAAUUCGCAAGCUGAUCUGGUCGGUGAUAGUCUUGGGCUCAGUCUCACUCGUCGUAUGGCAGAUCUACAGUCGCUUGGUCAACUACUUCACAUGGCCCACCACAACAUCUAUAGAGGUUCAGUACGUGGAAAAGAUCGAGUUCCCAGCUGUGACAUUUUGUAAUUUAAACAGGUUCCGAACAGAGGCUGCAGCCAAAUUUGGUGUUAUUUUUUUCUUAUGGAAUAUCGUGUACAAAGUCGUCCAUCUUCAGGAAAUCAGGUCCAAUUACUCUGGCUUUAAAGAUGCUACUGAUUUUCUUGAAAGUCAUCAAAACUUCAGCAUUACAGAGUUUGUUAAAAAAAAUGGUUUUUACCUCAACAAUAGAACUCUGUUGGAAUGUAACUUUUUUGGAAAGCCAUGUGGUCCACAGGACUUCGCACAUGUAUUCACUGAAUAUGGAAAUUGUUUUACUUUUAAUCAUGGUGAAAAUAUUCAAGCAAAGGAAAAAGUGAGUGUCUCUGGAAGAGGCUUAAGCUUGCUCUUCAAUGUCAAUCAGGGGGAAUUCACUGAUGACCCAGCCCUUGGCUUUGUUGAUGCUGGAAUCAUCUUUGUUAUCCAUUCACCAAAGAAGGUGCCACAGAUUGAUGGUUUAGGCUUGUCGUCACCUGUGGGAAUGCACGCACGGGUAACAAUCCGCCAAGUCAAGACAGUUCAUCAAGAACACCCUUGGGGAGAAUGCAACCCUAACAUCAAGCUACAGAAUUUUAGUACUUACAGCACUUCUGGUUGCUUGAAGGAAUGCAAAGCUCAGCACAUACAAGAACAAUGUGGAUGCAUACCUUAUCUGCUUCCUGGAAACGGGAUAGAGUGUGACCUACAAAAGUUUUACAACUGUGUUUCUCCUACACUUGAUCUCAUUGAAUUGAAGGGAUUAUGUACAAUGGGAACACAUAAUUCUAGCUGCCCUGUUUCUUGUGAAGAAACAGAAUAUCCUGCUACUAUAUCUUAUUCUACUUUUCCAAGCCAAAAUGCUUUGAAAUAUCUUUCGAAGAAGUUAAAUCAAAGUCAGGAAUAUAUCAGGGAGAAUCUCGUGAACAUUGAAAUAAACUAUAGUGACUUAAACUAUAAGAUAACUCAGCAGCAAAAAGCAGUGAGUGUGUCUGAGUUACUUGCAGAUGUUGGCGGCCAGCUGGGCCUAUUUUGUGGGGCCAGUAUGAUUACAAUUAUAGAAAUUAUUGAAUAUAUAUUCACCAAUUUCUACUGGAUAUGCAUUUUGUUCUUGCUGAAGAUACCCAAAAUGACACAGGGGGCUCCUCCACCUGGGCAUCAUCUGGAGAAGAGAAAUCACAUAGAAGAAUGCUAAUGUUCAUGAGGGACAAAAGCUUUUGGUCUUCUUUUCAUAAUACCUUCAGAUUUAUUCAUGACUAAUUCAUUGUUAUAUAACUUUAGCAUAUAUAUAUAUGUAUAUAUAUAUAUUAGGUACUGUCAUGCUUUUUCACUAUUGAAUUCCCAGCACCUGUAACAGUAGAGAUUGUGUAGUAGGCAUUUUAUAAUCUUUUUUUUAAUGAAUGAGUGUGUAAUGCAAAAAAGACAUGCUUUAUGACUGGAUAUGCAAAUUGGACCUGGUAAAUGAACUCUAUGAAGAGACAAGAUAAUUAUUUAUUGAGAAACGAAUAUAUGUAAUUUGUGCUUUCCAACAUUUCAAAUAAUCUUUAUUUUCACUAAAAUUCAACAUAAUUUUAUUUUGUCUGGAGACUUCUACUGUCUAUAUAACUUUUGGAGAGGCAGGGAUCUCUAUUUCCUACUCAGGUGAAUACCUAAAAUAAAUCUACUUAAAAACAAAGUUAAAUUUAUGGUAUACUGGGAGCACAUAGUAUUUUGUCAUUUCCUCCAAGUAUCUCCAUCUACUUAUUUAAUCUAGAGAGAAAAUUCAAGAUUUGCAGUGUUCCCAUCUCCCUUUUGGAAAAUCAACCUGAUUUAGCCUCUCAGAAUAUUCAGUUGAUGCUGAAUUAUUCAAAGGUCAUGUCAAAUACAUUUAAGAAAUAAUUAUCGAGUCAUAAAAUUCUCCCCCAAAUUCAUUCUAGUAUUACUGGAUCUUCUUUCCUCUCUGGCCACAUGAUAAUAAUUUUUGAAAAAUCUUAAGGUGUUGUUUUCAAGUUUAAUUAUAAGCAAGUGUGAAUGCCCUGGAAAUGAAGCGAGUGCAAUCAGACAGGACUCAGGCAAAUGAGAAAUAUGUAUACCUCAUGACUUGGAAAUCCCAACCAUGAUAAAUACUUCAUAGAAAUUCUCUCACAGACAUGUGACAGACUAGUUUCCUCAUCUACAUAGCAGUCAGUGUCUCCCCACUGUCAGCUGUGUGAGGACAUGCUAUGGAAGAUAAAGUAGCAGAGAGACACUAUGGAUUAAAUGUGAUCACUCUCAAAUAUUAGUACACUGAUAAAUCUUAAAAAUUGUUAGGUAGAAAAAAGCUUAAAGGGCACCUGGGUGGCUCAGUAGUUAAGCGUCUGUCUUUAGCUCAAGUCAUGAUCUCAGGGU